AUGGCCAAGACUGAAAAGGCUAUAGGAAUCGACUUGGGUACCACCUACAGUUGCGUAGGUGUAUGGCUAAACGACCGGGUCGAGAUCGUCCCCAAUGAUCAAGGCAAUAGAACAACUCCUUCUUACGUAGCUUUCACUGAUACAGAGCGGUUGGUCGGAGAAGCAGCCAAGAACCAAGCUGCUUUGAACCCAUCCAACACUGUAUACGAUGUGAAAAGGCUAAUUGGGAGGAGAUACUCUGAACCAUCUAUCCAGAACGACAUGAAACUCUGGCCUUUCAAAGUUGCUCCUGGACCUGGUGACAAGCCCAUGAUCGAGGUCACCUAUAAGGGAGAAAAGAAGCUAUUUGCUCCUGAAGAGAUUUCGGCUAUAAUACUUAGUAAAAUGAAGGAAUAUGCUGAGGCGUUCUUGGGUCAACCGGUGAAUAACGCUGUUAUAACUGUCCCUGCUUACUUCAAUGACUCACAGAGGCAGGCCACCAAGGAUGCUGGUGUAAUUGCAGGGCUUAUUGUUAUGAGGAUCAUUAAUGAGCCAACUGCGGCGGCGAUUGCUUAUGGGUUGGACAAGAAGGCAUCAAGGACUGGGGAACAGAACGUUCUUAUCUUCGAUCUCGGAGGUGGAACUUUCGAUGUCUCUCUUUUGGCCAUUGAAGGUGGUAUCUUUGAGGUGAAAGCCACCGCCGGAGACACCCAUCUUGGUGGCGAAGACUUUGACAACCGCCUCGUCAACUACUGCGUCACGGAAUUCAAGAGAAAGCACAAGAAAGAUAUUACCGGAAACGCGAGGGCUAUUAGGCGGUUAAAGAAUGCUUGUGAGAGAGCUAAGCGGGCUUUAUCUUCCACAACACAGACAACCAUUGAAGUUGACUCUCUCUAUGAAGGUAUUGAUUUCUAUACCAUAAUCACAAGAGCCCGUUUCGAAGAAUUGUGCAUGGACUUGUUCUUGAAAUGUAUGGAGCCGGUUGAGAAGUGCCUUAGAGAUGCCAAGAUGGACAAGAGCCAAGUUCAUGAAGUCGUCCUAGUUGGUGGGUCUACAAGGAUUCCAAAGAUCCAACAACUCUUAUCAGAUUUCUUCAAUGGUAAAGAGCUAUGCAAGAGCAUCAACCCUGAUGAGGCCGUAGCUUAUGGUGCAGCUGUUCAGGCAGCAAUCCUGAGUGGAGAAAGCAAUGAGAAGGUCCAAGACUUGUUAUUGCUCGAUGUGGCUCCUCUUAGUCUUGGUCUCGAGACCGCUGGUGGUGUAAUGACUACUUUGGUUCCUCGUAACACAACCAUCCCAACCAAGAAAGAACAGAUAUUCUCCACCUACUCAGAUAACCAACCUGGAGUCUUAAUUCAGGUCUAUGAAGGAGAGCGAGCUAGAACCAGAGAUGACAAUCUUUUGGGUAAAUUCGAGCUUACCGGCAUUCCUCCUGCACCAAGAGGUGUUCCUCAGAUCAAUGUCACCUUCGACAUCGACGCGAAUGGAAUCUUGAACGUGUCUGCUGAGGAUAAGACUGCAGGUGUGAAGAACAGGAUCACGAUCACUAAUGAUAAGGGUAGGUUGAGUAAGGAAGAGAUUGAGAAGAAGGUGAAGGAGGCAGAGAGGUAUAAAGCAGAGGAUGAGGAAGUUAAGAAGAAGGUGGAGACAAAGAAUGCUCUUGAGAAUUAUGCUUAUAAUAUGAGGAAUACUGUGAGGGAUGAGAAGUUUGCAGGGAAGCUUGAUCCGGAAGAUAAGCAGAAGAUUGAGAAGGCUGUGGAAGAUACGAUUCAAUGGUUGGAAGGGAAUCAGUUGGCUGAAGUUGAUGAGUUUGAAGAUAAAAUGAAAGAGCUUGAAGCAUUAUGUAACCCUAUUAUUUCGAAGAUGUAUCAGGGAGGUGGAGGUGAUGUGCCCAUGGGAGGAGACAUGCCAAGUAGUGGUGGGUCUAGUUCUGGCGCUAGGCCUAAGAUUGAAGAGGUCAAUUAA